UCAACUGCGCUCGGAAGCGCUCGGAAGCUCUCGGUUCCAAUCAGCUGCGCUCGGAAGCACUCGGCUCCGCUCGGCCUCGCUCGGCGCCGCCGGGUCCCCUUGCCCCGCUCGGUGUCGGUGCCCCGGCGCCGCUGCCGGCCUGCCCGGGGCGCGGGGGCGAUGGGCGGCGCGGCGGCGCCAUGAGGCGGCGGGGAUGGCGGCGGGCGGCGCGGCGGCGCGGCGGGGGCUGCUGAAGAGGAAGCCGAACUUCACGCUGCAGGAGAUCGAGAUCCUGAUGAGCGAGGUGCUCAAGUACGAGCAGCUGCUCUUCGGCGCCGCCGCCAGCACCGUCAACGCCUACGAGAAACAGAAGAUCUGGUGGCGAAUCACCAACAAGAUCAACGCCGCCGGCCGCAACCAGCGCGACAUCGGCGAGGUGAAGAACCGGUGGCGGGGGCUGCGGCGCCGCGCGGGGGACAAGAUCAGCCGGCACCGGGAGCAGCGGCAGCAACCGCCCGGCCGGGGCAGGGCCGGCAGCGGGAGCGGGAACGGGCAGGACCGGGCGGGCCCGCACGGUCUCAAGGAUGAGGUAGUGAAGGAGGAGCCCGUGGAGGUGAAGACUGAGCCCUUCCACAGCCCGGGUGCCACCAGCGUCCCCAGCCGUGGCACGGAGUGCCGGCCACCCCACAGCAGCCUCCGACCGCCCACCGAGCUGUGCGAGGGCUGGAGCCGAAGCCCCCCAUGCCCGGCACCCCCGGAACUCUCCCUCAGCGACCUGGGCGAGCAGCAGGAGCAGCUGGGCUCUGAUUUUCCGAGCCUCCUCUUGGAGCAAGAGGCUGAGCAUCUCAAGAACUGCAGCGUGGGAGAAGCAGGACCUGCUGGGACGGCGGGGCUGUCGGACGGCACCCGUGACUGUGCCCAACUCACGCCGGCUGAAAAGCACAUCGUCCAGUCCAAUGAGCGGCUGGUGCAGGAGAUGCGAGCUUUCCGACGGGAAUAUGCCGAGAGCCGCCGGGAGACCACGUCCGUCCUGCGCGUCAUCGCCCAGGCGCUGGGCGGCCUUAGCCGCAGCCUGGCCGAAAUCCGUGACCUCUACCUCCGGGAGCAGGCGGUCCCCAAACCCUGAGCCCCCACGCAGCUGGCUGUGUGCGCCUGAGGACCGCCCUGGGGAUGGGGGUUCCUCCCCACCCCCCCCAGCGCCCGCCUCGCUUCUUUGAUUAUUUUUAUUAUUAUUUGUCUUUUUCCUCCAUCCCACUUAAAUAAAACGAGCUGCCUCCCUCA